CUGCAGACGCACGAACACACCGGUCUGAAGGCUGAUAACAGCAGCAGCUACUGUGGAGGAGAAGCAGAGAGACACCGGAGCCUUAUAACCUAAAGUUCAGUUAUUUAUUUAUUUAUUUGUUUGUUUGUUUGUUUCUGUCGGGAGUAUUUAUUUCUAUCCAAGAUGAACGGAGUGUCAAGAAGUCUGUGCACGUUUGAUGACAUCAGACAAGAAAAUGGGGACGGGUGCCGGCGACUGCGGCUCACACUGCACGACCAGAACCAGGCAGCUCGGAGCGCGGAGCAGCACAGGGACAAGCCAAUUGGACGUGCGUUUGCGCUGGUGCAGCCGGCCAGCGACAGGACAUCUCUGAAUACUGAACCGGUCAAAUCUCCAGAGGAGCAGGUGGAGGUUAUCAAGGUUUAUCUAGAGGCUCGCAGACAAGAACAGCACAAACACCAGCAGAGCCUGAAGAUGUUGUCAGAUGAAGUUUCACAGAUACAGGAGGUGAGGUAUUGCCUGAAGACGCUGAGGGAGCAGAUGGCAGCCAAAAACAAGCCACACACAAACGGGUGGAAAGUUGGUCUUCCCUUCAGAAAGAGCGCCCCCAGCGGAGCACCUAAAGCUGACGCACAGGAUGCAGAUGAAGAAGCAGAGAGAGCCAAGCUGAGGGAGGUCAGUAAGCGCUUAUACGCACAGCUACAGGAAGCAGAAAAGAAGCACCAGGAGGACAAAGAGAGGCUGCAGGCUGAAGGCAGCAGGAUGAGGGAGCGUCUGAGCGAGCAGGAGGAUAAGUUGAAGACCACAGAAGAAGCCAGCGAGCGGAAAGACAAGCGCAUAGACGAGCUCCAGAGGCUGCUGGGAGGGAUGGAGCAGGAGAGCGCCACCCUGCGGGAGGCGAUCCGAAACCGCGAGGAUGAACUCCGCGAGCUGCGUAAGAUCAGAGAAGAAGGCCAGAAAGGGGAGCACAGAGCUGAGCAGUUGGAGAAGGAGGUGGCUAUUCUCAAAGAAAAGAUCCACCAUCUGGAUGACAUGCUGAAAAGCCAGCAAAGGAAAGUCAGACACAUGAUUGAACAGCUCCAGAACUCUCGCAUGGUGAUCCAGGAGAGAGACCGCGUGAUCAAAGAGCUGGAGGAGAAAGUGGCAUUCUUGGAGGCUGAGAACCGAGAGAUGCAUGAUCAGAUGGACUACUUCCUGGGAGGGCAAAGGUCAAAUUCCUACCUUUCAUCCGAACGCAACCCCCAGAUCGUCUAUAGUAAACCAAUCAAGCUAUCCACCUCAUCCAGCAAGCCACUCCCUUUCAUCAAAGUCAUCGAGAUCAAGUCAUGAAGUCACUGUGCAAAAGACAAAAAUGGAAAUUGUCAGAACCACCAAAUCUUCGCAGCAGACUGAAACCAAACAGCAGCUCAAACACAUCUGGUUGCAUUAAUAGUUAGGAUGUCAGAGUUGAGCUUCCUGGGCUGUAACUAACCACAUCAACACUUCCACUAAAGCCACAAACGCUCUUGAAGGAAACUAUUUUGCCGGCACACGCUUCAGUGUGUCUGUGCAUGAUAAACGAGUGUGUAUGUCAGCUUUACUGUAGAUAUAUUAAGCGUACUGAUGCAGCUGAAGUUUUACUUGUGACUGUAUGCAAGUGUUUCCUUGUGUUGAUCGCUUUUUUAACCUUUGAGUUUAUGACAGUUUGGCAUUGUUGUAUCAAAACAGAACUGUUGAGCAAA